GAUAACCCAACCCGAGGGCAGGGGCUGGCUGCUCAAGGAUUUGUCCUAUGAGGCUGAAGAUAGAGCAUCGCUGGCUUCACCGUGCUAUGCAAUGGCUUUGACAAGUAGUUUCACCGUUCUACAGAGCAGCCUUUCCCUGCGACGUGAUGGAUUGAUUUAUUCUUCUCCAAAAACAUUCGUCUCAAUUUUAUUGUCCAAACCGAAAUCUUCUUUGGUGACUCAAAAUUGCAAUCCCAGAUCCAGCAGUGAUGAACCCUUUUUAACUAAGAGGAUGCUCAACCUUACCCUUGUGGCAAUGUCGAUAUGCGGUUUGCCUGAUGUGUCUAGUGCGUUGUUGGCUGAAGAAAUGGAGCUGGAGAGGUACACGGAUUCAAAGGAAGGUUUCACUCUCCUGAAACCCUCUUCUUGGAUGAAGGUUGAUAAAGCAGGAGCAACUGUGCUGUUUCAAGAGGCAAAUAUGGGAAGUAACAAUAUUGGGGUUGUGGUGAACCCGGUUCGCCUUGAAAGUCUUGAAAAGUUCGGAAGUCCUCAAUUUGUGGCUGAUAAGCUUGUUCAAGCAGAAAAACGUAAGGAAAGCACAAAGGAAGCAGAGGUGAUUAAAUUCGCAGAGAGGUCAGGAGGAGGGGGCUUACCAAUUUAUGAGUUUGAAUAUAUAAUUGACAGCACUCGGGGAGGAAUGAAGAGGAUUUUUUCUGCAGCAUUUGUGGCCUCAAAGAAGCUCUAUCUUCUUAAUAUUGUUCACUCUGAUAAACCAGAGAGUCCUCUUGACCCUCAUAAAAGAAUGAUAUUAGAGCAAGUGCUUCAUUCUUUUGAUGCAGCAACUUUGGUAUGACGUGCGCACGAUCUAGUUCUGAUUCUUUUUGUUCAUUCCCAAGCCAUGGUGAUCAAGUA